CGUGAAUACACGUCAAUUCCAAGCGAUUCUUGUGGUGCGUGUUCGGUCGACGAUCAGUUCUUGUUUGCACAAUUGUGCUCUAGUCAAUAACGAUCAAAAGAGUUCGAUUGUAUCAAAAAUCAAGAACGAGUUGGUUGCUGCAGAUCGAAUUGCGUGCUGUCCUUAUCGCAAGUAAAAGCUCCUAUGGCCGCGAAGAAGAUUCUCUUCUUGGACACCGAGCCGUGGCUGUUUGAAGCCUAUUUCGAGAAGAAUGAGGCAUUGAACGACGAGAAUGGAAAGCCGCGGUUCGAAGCUGAUGUUCGAGAGGGGACCGCGAGCGUUUGCGACGCUCACCUUCAGCAGUAUGCGGCAAUUGUCACGACGGAUGGUUAUCUAGCUGCGCCAUUGGGGCUGGAGGAGAACUACACAUGCGACGAUUUACCCAACGCGAAGCGCUUCUUGUCACGGCUUGCCGCCUACGCGGAAGCUGGAGGUUUGGUUGUGAUCUUUGCGUCCGAAGGCGUCUUUGAAGUGCCCCGACUGCUUGGACCGCAUUUCGGCACCGAGUGGGUUUUCGCAGCGUAUUCGGCAGAAAAGUUCGCGCUGACCGAAGCUGGCGAGCGGAUGUUUAGCGGCCGGGUUCUGCAAGAGGCCACGCCCUGCUAUCAUGAGAAGCACAAUAUGCUAAGUACCCCGGAGGGCGAAGGCAUGUUCCACAUCAAACACUUCGAAAAGGAUUUUGAUGUCGAAUUUGAACGGGAGGAAGACCCAAACUGGACGUUGCCGCGACCGACGAAGCGCACUCCGGUUGCGGUUCACCGCUGCGGCAACAAUCUGGGUGCCAUCGCGUAUUUCAGUUGUUCCAACUGGGACACAGUCUUGUUUGGCAUGUUUGCGGAGUUAUGCACUCGGAAGGCACUGAUGUAGGUUCAGCUUCAGGGGGAACCAUAGAAAUUCUUUUGUUUAGUAUCACGCUUAGGCGUGAAGAAUGUGCGGAAAGCGCAGAGAAUCUUGUUGCCGAGUUUCGGGCUCGGGUAUGGGAAAACAAUGAAACUGAGAGUGCCAG